AAUGACGAAAUCUCAACAGAUGUGACGUUAUUGGCGUUUUGUUGACAUUUGUUUCUGAAAGACAAAAACAGUGGGCACGCAUAUGGGAUGGUUUAUAUUCUAGGAAAUUAACGAGCGGGUCCCGAAACAGACUAAAGAACACCGUGUCGUCUUUAAGACUCGCACGCGUGUGUUUAAAGAAGACUGGUGAAUAUAUGACUUAAAGCGAACUCGAAAGGCGAUCAAGAUCAGCAGAUGGACGGACCAAGUCGGGAACAAAACAAACCGUGUCACCCUGACUACACUAGUGGCUGAAUCAUUCAAGGCUAGCCGGCUACCAGACGUUCGGUUUUCAUCGUAAUCUUUUAUAAACUGUUGCCGACAUUAUUAGAACAUUUGGCGGAAGCCUCGUUUACAGAAUUUUUAACUCCGCUAUAGUAUUUAACUUGCCAUCAUGCUAGUGUAGCUUUACACAAGCGCUGUUCGUAAGACUUACAAGUUAGCAAGCUAAUGUUAGCUUUAGCUACCCCCGUAUGAGCCUCUAACUGCUAUGUAGAUACAGAAUGUAGCUGAGGUUUUAAGUCCGCAAUCGUCUUAUAUAGUGUUUACCGCCAGUAGAUCGUCAGUUCGGAGUGACUGAAGAAUGUGAAGCAUAAUGGCCAACUUUGAAGCCUACCAGGAGUAUCAGAGAAUAGAGGACUUUGAGGAAGACUCACCACCAGGAGAGGAAGAUUUACUGGUGCAUGUGCCUGAAAGCCUAAAAGACUCAUGGCAUCAUAUCAAGAACUUGGAUAACUUCUUUACAAGGAUCUAUCAUUUUCAUCAGAAGAAUGGCUUUGCCUGUAUGAUGCUGUCAGAGUUCUUCGAACUUGUUCAGUUUUUGUUUGUCGUCACAUUUACUACGUUUCUUGUCAACUGUGUGGAGUACGAUGUCCUGUUUGCCAAUCGAGCAGUCAACCACACCGGGCAAGGCCAGAAUCCUUUGGACAGAAACAAAGUUACUCUGCCAGAUGCCAUCCUACCAAGCCAGCAGUGCACUCAGAGGAUUCAGGAGAACAGCUGGAACAUAUUUCUUCUCAUCAUGGCAGCCAUCUUCUGGAUGUAUCGUCUUAUUAAAGUCUUUUGCAAUGUUUUGAGCUACUGGGAGAUCAGACAGUUCUACAUCAAAGCACUGAAGAUCAGAAUGGAUGAACUAUGCAACUUCACAUGGCAGGAGGUCCAGGACCGACUCAUUAGCCUCCAGAGAGAACAGCAAAUGUGCAUUCAUAAGAAGGAGCUGACAGAGCUUGACAUCUAUCAUCGCAUCCUGCGGUUCAAGAAUUACAUGGUGGCCAUGAUAAACAAAUCCCUGUUACCAGUGCAGUUGCAGCUCCCACUGCUGGGCAAUGUGGUCUUCUUAACUCAGGGCCUCAAGUACAACUUUGAGCUCAUCCUUUUCUGGGGCCCUGGCUCUUUGUUUCAAAAUAAAUGGAACCUUCACCCCAAGUACAAGCGCAGUGGAAACCGCCUGGAGCUCGCUCAGCAGCUCAGUAGAGUCAUCCUGCUAAUGGGUUUGGCCAAUUUGCUGCUGUGUCCUUUCAUCCUCGUGUGGCAGGUGCUCUAUGCUUUCUUCAGCUACACAGAAGUGAUCCGCAGGGAACCUGGAAGUCUGGGCGCACGCCGCUGGUCCCUUUAUGGUCGUUUAUACCUGCGUCAUUUCAAUGAGCUGGACCAUGAGCUGCAUGGACGACUAGGUCGCGGCUACAAACCCACUUCCAAAUACAUGAACUCCUUUACAUCGCCACUGCUGACCGUGCUUGCAAAGAACAUCGCCUUCUUCUCGGGCUCGGUGUUGGCUGUACUCAUUGCGCUGACUGUUUAUGAUGAGGAUGUUCUGACUGUGCAGCACAUUCUGACCGCUAUCACUGUGCUGGGGGUGGUUAUAACUAUUGCCAGGUCUUUCAUCCCAGACGAGCAUAUGGUGUGGUGUCCAGAGCAGCUGCUGCAGUGCGUGCUGGCACACAUUCACUACAUGCCCGACCACUGGAGGGGCAAUGCUAAUAAGAGCGAGACCAGGGAUGAGGUGGCACAGCUGUUCCAGUACAAAGCGGUAUUUAUCCUGGAGGAGCUGCUCAGUCCCAUUGUCACACCCUUCAUUCUCAUCUUCAUCCUGAGAAACAAGUCUCUAGAAAUCAUUGACUUCUUCAGGAACUUUACCGUAGAAGUGGUUGGAGUUGGGGACAUCUGUUCUUUUGCACAGAUGGACAUCAGACGCCAUGGAAACCCUACAUGGAUGUCAGAGGGACAGACAGAGGCGUCUAUAUACCAGCAGGCUGAGAAUGGGAAGACGGAGUUGUCUCUCAUGCAUUUCACUAUAAAGAACCCCCACUGGCAGCCACCUCAGGAGAGCUCAGUUUUUAUCAGCCAUUUGAAGGAGAAGGUGCAGCAUGAUGCUCAGGCUGGUCCCUCCACACAGCUGCUGCUCUCAGAGGCUCCUCUCUGCACUUCGCUGCAGUCCAACGAGUCUGGCACAGGGCCUGAAAAUCUUUUAGCUAGUGUCCUGGCCCACCCCAUCCUAACUUCAUCUGGACUACAGGGGCGAGAACAUCGCUUCAUCCCACCAAGCACGGCUGCCUCUGCCGCAGCCAGCGUCCUGGCCUCUUUAUCGUCCUCCCAGGUUGCACAUACCAGUCGAGGCCGCUCACAUGGCCUCCUUCCCUCUUCCAUCCAUCCUGAAUCCACCAUGUACCACAGCGAUCGCACUGUUAUCGACAGCAUGUCUAACAGUGAUUCUCGCCUCCGGAAAAAUGCGCUGCAGUCAGAGUUUGCUUCAGCAGAGAUGAGUCUCCAUGCCAUCUACAUGCAUGAGCUCCACCAGCAGAGCUCCCACCCACAGAGGACAUCAGGGCAAUGGCAGAACCCUGUGCCAAUGAGGGAUCUGCAUACAGGUUUGCAGGCUCAUAGCGGCCAUGGUUCCAGCAUUUCCAUGCCCACUCCUGUCCACCUUGGGGGGUGGAAAGAGGAAGAAGAGGAGGAUGUGGAUGAUCAGGAGAUUAACAGUGGAUCUACUCCAACACAGGCCACUGGGAAUAGAUGCUGAAGUGCCUUUAUAAUAAGUGUUUACAUUUUCCUUUCUUCAGCGAACAUUGUGGCCUUAGAUGAUCAUCGUGGAAAGUUUAAGAUGGACCUUUAAAGCAACAUUCAGCGUUUGUUGUAGGAGUUGCUCAUUGAUGAAUAACCACUGUCUCUGCACCUCCACGCCUCAUCCUGUCAUAUCAGGCAGACUAUGGCAUCAGGGAAACCAUAAGUCUUCCGUCCAUUUUUCUCACAGUUUUGUGUCUAACUUGUACAAGCUGCGUAUAAAACGCAAAUGACAAACAUUGUAGCGUGUUCAUAAGAUCGCUGUGUGAUGGGGGGGUGUGGGCAGUUUUAUUGUAUAAUAUAAAAAGCUCACCACAGCUGCUGCUGUGCGUCUGUGUGCAUCACCAGGUUCUUUAGUAUGUUUUCCACUGAAUGCUGUCUUGAUCUGUGCUACAACACAAACACUGCACAUUGUGUCUGAGCUGCCUGAACAGAUUGGAUCGCCUGGAAAAAAAAAAAACAAGAACAAAAAAAACAAUAUUUCAACAUGUGCUGUUUGACCCUUGUGAUAUGUAAAUAUACUUCUUGCAUCUUAUUGUCCUUUCAAAGGUCAGUUUUUCACUACCAGAUCUAAUCCUUGAAAAAAAUACCAAGUAUUGAUACGAUGAAAAGCUGAGUGUACAGUAGCCGUACUACUACAACACCAUGUGUAUGUGGACAAAGCCCUAUUAGGUGUUGAUAAUAGGAUGUUAAGAUGUCUUUUGACCAGGCAUACACAUGCUCUGAUGCUGCUAUCUUUGUGUAGUGCUCCAAAAUAUAGAUUUUGUUCAGUGUUACCAUUUCUACAGCUGAUUUAUCAGACAUUUGUUUUUAUUAACAAGCAGGACUAAUAUAAGCACCAUGUACUAUUAGAAUCAAAAUCCCAGUGCAGACAGUAGAUACCAGUAAGUCUAUUUAAUAGGGAAGGCAAAUUCAGUUUUAUGCCUUAACACCAUUUAAAAAAAAAAAAAAAAAAACAUUUAUUUAAACAUC